GCUUUCAUUUCCCUCCCAGCAUUUCCUAAGUAAAGCUUAGACAAAAAUCAAUACAAUUAUUCAAAUGAAGCUAAACGGGACACUCCCCCGGGUUCAAGGUUUUCCGGGAUCCGUGGAGCGCUCCUGCUUGCCUUCGUUUCUGGCACUGAUCUCAGCCAUGGAUCGCAUUACAUGAACGAUGUUUUUGACAUUUACACUUUAAUAUGAGAUAUGGUUUAAAUAAUAAUGCAAUAGAUACCCAGCAGAGGUUAGCGUGAAACAUGCAGCUGGUGGUUUAAACAAAAGGGACAGAGGCGUCGGAUGAGUUUGGGACCCGGUACAGUGGAUGUGCUGCACCUUGCGGCGUAUCCGCCUCGGCUGCGUUAGAGGAUCACAUCCGAGCCGAGCCGUCCCGUCCCGGAGGAGCUCCGCGUCCCACAGUUGCCCGCAGCCCGAGGUGAGAGCGCCAUUACUCCACCAGCCAAGGCGCGCUGUCCCGCUGCUCCACUGGGCACGCUCAGAAAGUCGAGUUUUAAACUAGCCCCGAAAACUUUACCCAGUGUCUCAGCGAUUUUUGUAGUGUUUUACUAUGCUUUCCUAACGUAGCGUUUCGAUGAUUUGGACAUGCCGAGUUUUUAAAUAACGAUUCCCUGGCUGUCUGAUCGCCUUCUUGUCGGAUCGGCCCCACUAGGGCGCGCUCCAGAUGGAUCGCAUGAAGAUGUUCAGGCGCCGUUUGUCCACAUCUCUGCGCGGCUCCAGGCUGGUGGGCGACUCUCUGUCGGAGCUGGCUGAGCAGGUGGUGCUGGACGAGUCGGCCGUCCCCAGAGACAACGGCAUUGUGCAUGAGAACGUGAAGAUGGGCUCAGAUGGCGAGAGCGACCAGGCGUCUGGCACGUCCUCCGACGAGGUUCAGAGUCCGGUCAGAGUCCGCAUGCGGAACAACAGCCAUCGGCGCAUCUCCAAUGAGGACAUCAACAAACGGCUGUCCCUGCCAGCCGACAUCCGCCUCCCAGAGGGGUACCUGGAGAAAUUCGCCAUGAACAGCCCCCCCUUUGAUAAGCCGCUGAGCCGCCGGCUCCGCCGCGCUUCCCUGUCUGAAAUCGGCUUUGGGAAGCUGGAGACAUACAUCAAGCUGGAUAAGCUAGGGGAGGGUACCUAUGCCACAGUUUACAAAGGCCGAAGCAAGUUAACAGACAACCUAGUGGCCCUGAAGGAGAUCAGGCUGGAACACGAGGAGGGGGCUCCCUGUACUGCCAUCCGUGAAGUGUCAUUGCUGAAAGACCUCAAGCACGCCAACAUCGUCACCCUUCACGACAUCAUCCACACUGACAAGUGCCUGACGCUGGUGUUUGAGUACCUGGAGAAGGACCUGAAACAGUACAUGGACGACUGCGGAAGCAUCAUGAGCGUGCACAAUGUCAAGAUAUUUCUCUUCCAGCUGCUUCGGGGCCUGGCCUACUGCCACCGGCGGAAAGUGCUGCACAGAGACCUCAAACCCCAGAAUCUGCUCAUCAAUGACAAGGGCGAGCUGAAGCUGGCGGACUUUGGUCUGGCCCGAGCCAAGUCUGUUCCCACCAAGACCUACUCUAAUGAGGUGGUCACGCUGUGGUACCGGCCACCUGACGUUCUGUUAGGGUCUACGGAGUACUCUACCCCCAUCGAUAUGUGGGGUGUAGGUUGUAUAUUCUAUGAGAUGGUGACAGGGAGGCCUCUCUUUCCCGGAUCCACAGUAGAAGAUGAGUUGCACCUGAUAUUCAGAGUCUUAGGUACUCCCACAGAGAAGACCUGGCCAGGAAUCAGCAACAUUGAAGAAUUCAAAACAUACAAGCUCCCGCGCUACUAUGCCGAAUCCUUGGUGAAACACGCACCCAGGAUAGACAGCGAUGGACACAACUUGCUAUCACAGCUACUUCAGUUUGAGGCAAAAAAGCGCAUCUCGGCUGAGGAGGCAAUCCGGCACCCCUACUUUCACAGUCUAGGGGAGCAGGUGCAGACGCUGCCUGACACUGCGUCCAUAUUUUCAGUGAAGGGGAUUCAGCUCCAGAAGGAUCCAGGGAAGCGGUCCACAGCAUUCUCUGACACAGCAUCCCUUAAGCUGAGCUCAGCACCCUCAGACUUUUUCCAGACUGACGAUGCCAAAACUGAGACUCUCACCUUCACAUCCCCCUCUACAGGCUGAGUGACCCUCCCCCACUUCGGCCGGGCAAAGAAUCGCAGGCAGAGCAUGCUGUUUUAGCCCCCUGUGGCUGGACUGUCGUAAUGGAUCUCCGACUUGCUGCCCCAGAACAUACAGAGGAAGAAAAAAAAAAGAAUUGUGAAAUUGUGAAGAAAAUCAAGCACAUGGAAACUAAAAUAAGAAUAAGGCAAAAAUGAUGCUGCUGCCGUGCUGGAACUGGGAAUAUUUUAUAGUUUCAAAUAAUUUAACUUUUUCCUUUUUCCUAAGACUAGCCUUGUACAUUUGUCUUAAGGGGCUGUCCAAGUAAUUUAAAGUAGCAAAGGAAGGUGGCUGCAGUUCUCGGUUGAGAUACCACCCUCCACUUAGGGCGAUCUGCAGAGUUUCUUUUUCAUUUUGCAUCCUGACAUCCUGCCAUCUCUGAUAACGACCACUGGGACGUACGGCGACAGGCAGACAGUGCAGAGUGAUGUUUUGUUUCAGCAUGUCACUAGCAAUAUGCAGCCGGGGUGAACAGUUUAAUCACAUACAAUAUUAACCUUUAAGGGUACAAAUUCUGUCUCGUCUGAAGUGUCUUGCACUGCAGGCAGACAGCUGGUCUUGCAUAUAAACCACACACUACCCACCAAGGUCAGUAUAUAAGCAGUGCAGCUGCACAGCUCAGGGCAGAUAAUCUCUGCAUGCUCCCUGACAGCAGCCAUGUAACAGGGCCCAGCAGUGCAAAGCUUUGCCUAACCUAAGAGGCUACAUCCUUUGCAUCAGAUAGGGCUCCAGCAUCCUAUAAAGUAAAUUUAUCCCAAACCUCAAAGACCUUUGAACAUUAUACCUUCACUCAGACUUAAUGAAUUCUCUCAUUAACCUAAAGCAAUUACUGCAGCAGAGAAUAUUUUACUUCUGACUCAGGUUUGCUGACUGUUCAUCUUCGUCUAUACGUCAUUGCACACAAACUUUUAUAAUUUGUUAUAAAAUUAUACUGUUUCUUUUUGACGUUUUUUGCUACAAUAUUGUAUUUCUGGAUUUCAUUCCCUUUCCCCUAUGUUCUGGAAAUGCAGCUGUCUGUGGCAGUUAAUAUCUCUUGUGAGACACGCUACUUGGAGCGUGAGUCUGAAAAACACACAGUAAACCCGUCCGUAAGGCCUUUGCAUGCUCCCUCAGUGACCUGUGAACCAGAGCUUCAGUACCAGGAACAGUAACACUGACUCAGUCACCAUUGGACAGGCUUGUGGAAUUCAAACAACAAUUAAACUCCAAAAGUGUUGUUUUACUAGUUGUUUUUAAAACGUACUACAUAAUUGCUGUUAUAAUUUAGUCAUUACAUAAAAUGUAAUAUUUUUGCUCAAAUCCCAGCAUUGUCUCCUUUGAGUUACUUAAUUUGUCUGUGAAAACAGUGGAUGCUGGAAGCUGGACUAGUCCACAAUGGGCUUUAUAAGCCAAUCAUGAACCAGAAAAUAUUGUAUACAGGGAAAUGUUUCUGCGAGUGACCGAUAACAGAUUAAAAGUUUAAAUCAUUA